AUGGCUACGCAAUUAGUAUCAAUACCAGAGGUCGAGAGGCUAAGCGCCUCCGUGGUAAGAAUUUUGGCUGGAAAUCCGGGGAAGUUUACACUACAAGGCACAAACACCUACCUUGUCGGUCGCGGGCGCCAGAGACUUCUCAUCGAUACCGGUGAAGGCAAACCCGCCUGGAUUGCAACCCUAAGAUCUGUUCUCAAAACAGAAAAAGCUACCGUUAGCAAAGCCCUAUUGACACACUGGCACCAGGACCACACCGGGGGCGUAGAAGAUCUAUCUAAAGUAUGCCCUGAGGCUACGAUAUAUAAGAACGAUGCAGAUACUGGAAUGGAAGAUAUUCAAGACGGGCAGGUCUUCCAAGUUGAUGGUGCGACAUUGAGGGCCUUUCAUACACCAGGGCACACCGAGGACCAUAUGGCAUUUGUUCUAGAGGAGGAAAACGCGAUGUUUACUGGUGAUAAUGUUUUGGGUCACGGCACAGCGGUAUUUGAGAACCUGAGCGCGUAUCUCUCCAGCCUGGAGAAAAUGGGCGCUCUUGGAACCCAAAGGGGAUACCCAGGCCACGGCCCUGUUAUUGACAACUGCAAGGCCAAAAUCAGUGACUAUAUCCAACACCGGCAGCAAAGAGAAAGUGAAGUAGUUCGUGUUUUGGAGUACGGGACACUAGAUACCACGAAAAUUAAACAAGAAUUUUCACCGGAUCGUAAGCCAGUGCCAUGGGACUUGAUGGAGAUCGUCAAGAUCAUUUAUCACAAUGUUCCCGAAAAUCUGCAUAUACCAGCGUCCCACGGUAUCAAUCAGGUGCUUGUGAAAUUAGAACGGGAUGGUAAAGUCAUCCAUGACGAGAAAUCAGGAAAAUGGACGCUGGUAUCGGUGAGGCCGGCACUUUGA